AUGGAGGAGUUUUGCUACAACUUCGAGCAGGGAAACCCCGCUGAGGAAUUUCUGCUCUGGGAGCCGACAGAUCCCGACAGCCAGCUGGAGAAUUUCCUCCUGGAGUGCCUGGCAGAGCCUUCCUGGCCGGGCCCAGUGGGUGCAGAGCUGGACAAGCCCCCCGUGCCCCCCGYGCCCCCCGGCCGGCCCCGGCAGCGCCGCGCCGCCAACCUCCGCGAGAGGAGGAGGAUGCUGAGCAUCAACUCGGCCUUCGAGGAGCUGCGGGGCCGCGUGCCCACCUUCCCCUACGAGAAACGCCUGUCCAAGAUCGACACGCUGCGCUUGGCCAUCGCCUACAUCGCCCUGCUGGGCGACAUCCUGCUCUCGGGGUGCCACCCCAGAGCCUACGUGGAGCAGUGCCUGAGCGGCGGCUGCCACAGCACCCAUGGGGCUGCCUGGAACACGAGCGAUCUGACAGCCCGCCUGUCCUGGGUGAAGUGGGAUUAA